AUGAAUCACUCUUUUUUCCAGAACCCAAAUACGGAAAUGCUGCAAGACCCUUCAGAAAUUUCGUUCGACUCAUUUGGCAUUCAUGAUUAUCCAAUUCCUGAUUCUCUUUCCUUCGAUAUGGUUGAUUUCUCAUAUAGUUCAAAUGAACCAACAAAAAGUAAAUCAAUGUUGAAGUCAUCGGCUGAAGCAAAACAAGAACAUAAUAGGAUGGAUCAGAAGCCAUAUAUAGGUGUGAGGAAAAGACCUUGGGGGAAAUAUGCUGCAGAAAUAAGGGACACAACAAGGGGUGGCAAAAGGGUUUGGUUAGGAACAUUUGAUAGUGCUGAAGAUGCUGCUUUAGCUUAUGAUCAAGCUGCAUUUUCAAUGAGAGGUAAUAAUGCUGUGCUCAAUUUUUCUGUUCAAAGGGUCAAAGAAUCUUUGCAAGAGAUUCAAUAUGAUUGCAGAAAAGGAUCUUCACCUGCACUUGCACUAAAAGAGAGGCACUAUGAACAAAGAAAGUUGUUAUCAAAAGGUGUAAAGAAUAAUAAAGCAGGGAGACAAGAUGAAUCAGAAGGAUCAAGUGUUUUGGUGUUAGAGGAUUUGGGAGUUGAAUAUCUUGAGCAACUUCUAACCAUAUCUGAUAAUCAAACUACAAGCAACUUCUACUGAAGUUAUUCGUAUCUUUUGUUUUUUGUAAUUUUUGUAAACAAUUAUUUAGCUAGGGCAUU